AUGAACGUUCCUCUCUUUGGGGUUCUCCUGGCCCUGGCCAGCGCAGCCCGGGCACAGUACAGCCACUACGACUUCCAGUACCAGGAUUAUGACGAGGGCUGGGUCAACCUGAACCGCCAGGGCUUCAGCUUCCAGUGUCCCCAAGGACAGGUGGUGGUGGCUAUUCGGAGCAUUUUCAGCAAGAAGGAAGGGUCCGACCGCCAGUGGAACUACGCCUGCGCCCCCACACCCCAGAGCCUGGGCGAGCCCAGCGAAUGCUGGUGGGAGGAGAUCAACAGGGCAGGCAUGGAGUGGUACCAAACCUGCUCCAACAAUGGCCUGGUGGCUGGUUUCCAGAGCCGCUACUUUGAGUCCGUGCUGGACCGGGAGUGGCAGUUCUACUGCUGCCGCUACAGCAAGAGGUGCCCCUAUUCCUGCUGGCUGACUACAGAACACCCUGAUCACUAUGGUGAGGACAUGGACAUGGUGUCCUACAGCUACGAUUACUACAUCCGAGGGGCUACAACCACCUUCUCAGCAGUGAAGAGGGAUCGCCAAUGGAAGUUCAUCAUGUGCCGCAUGACCAACUACGACUGUGAAUUUGAGAACGUGUAGCCUGACCAGCUCACCCAGGCCCAGCCACGGCUUUCAGCCUUCCCGAGCCCCCGGAGCCUCAUGUCAGCUUGUCCUUGUCUGUCCUGCACAGUGCCACUUGCCAGUGGCGAAUAUGGAGGUGCCAGGAAGAGCCCACUGGAGGAGUCCACAGUGCCUGGCCACCCAGAGCUCCAGAAGGUCACUGUCACCUCCCCUGAACCCUCCCAGAUCCCCUGCAGUUUAAGUGAAGUGCAAUUGGGGACGCCCUGAUCAGACAGAAGGUCCUGGAUAAUGGGCAAGUAGCAGACUGCAGGAAGCAUAUGGUACAUCAGGGAGGGACAACAGGUGGGCACUUGGGGCAGGGGUGCAGUGAUAUGGAUACCCAAUGCCCUCCAGGGCCCU